AUCAUGGAUGUCCAACACCUGCAUCUUCCUGGCCCCUCAGCCGCCGGCCGCGUAUGCCCCUGUGCCUGCCCCUUCUGCUGCCGCCCCACGUCCCCCUCCUGGCGCCGCUCCAUGAAGCGCCGCCUCGAACUCGAUUCCUCCGACAACGGCGGCGGAGAGGUCGAGAACGAGGCGGAUGCCCUGCGUGAAGCCUUGGCGAGCCAGCAGGAGACGAUCCAGGAACUGUGUGCUGAGCUGGACGAGGAGCGGAACGCGGCUGCCUCGGCGGCCAGCGAGGCCAUGUCCAUGAUCCUCCGCCUCCAGCGGGAGAAGGCCGAGGCCCAGAUGGACGCGCGGCAGUUCAAGCUGUUCGCCGAGGAGAAGAUGGAGCACGACCAGCAGGAGCUGCUCGAUCUCGAGGAACUCAUAUUGAAGCGCGAAGAAGGCAUCCAAGGCCUCGCAUUGCAGCUCCAGGCUUACCGAGAACUCCUCAUCAGCCACGGCAUUGAUCCUGACGACGUCGACGACGACACAGCACUCUCCGGUGUAUCUCAAUUCGAGGAGAUGCACACAGUUGAAUACCCCCCUUUGAAGUGCAACCUUCCAAAUGACGUCGAUGACGCUGCUAAUCUCGAAGAGAUCGCUUUUGGGGAGACGCCGGAUGCCGACGAGGACCUUGACAGUUUGGAGACGCGUAUUUAUGAGCUAGAGACCUCGCCCAAUCUACUCGACGAAGCGCAUGAGAUUGCGACAGUUGGUUCCUCUGAGGAUUGCUUCGAUACACAAAGGGAGAAGUGCAAGAGAAGGGGGACGGAUGGAGGGAUGGAAGGCGGGACUCCAGAUAUCUGGAACCUGUGCAUGAGACUGCAGGCACUCGAGGCUGACAGGGACUCAAUGAGGCAAACCAUUAUUUCAAUGAGAACAGAGAAGGCACAGCUGGUGUUGCUCAGAGAGUUAGCACAGCAGCUGCAUAAGGAUCUCUUUUUGCCUGAGAGGAGGAUUGCCAAUAAAAACUCUUCGUCUGCAAGUUUUUCACUGGUCGCUCAGCUCGAGUGGCUAAUGACGUUUCUUCUUUGGAGAAAGAAACCGUCAAGAACUAGGUACGCGCUUGGUUCGUCCAAUGCCAAUGUGGGCUUGUUGUUGGUUCUGGAGAACUCACCCCGAAUUAGUGACCGGAGAUUUUGUUGCACACGAAUAGCAGGGUUGGAAAAUCACGACAGUGCCACGAUUUCCACCGGAGCUGGGCUCGCGCCAUGGGGAUAUGUUGGCGACGGCAUUCCGAAGCCGGUGAUAGCUUCCCGUCUAGCCGGCGAUGCGCUAGUCGCUGGGAUGCGUAGAACAGCGAUUGACAGGGCCGAAGUCGAUAAAUGUCCAACGUCGGAAAGGAUCGGCGACCACCCGAGUAGGCUGGAAAUUGGCCUUCAUGGGCGACGACUGUGUCUGUCACGGUUGUGUGGAAGCAGUGACGUGCGACAUGGGUGGCGUACGACGGAGAAAACACUGAGAAGAGGAAACACAAAGCACAGUGCUUUGUGA